CUCAGAGCAGAAACAACUUCGUGAAGAUGGCAGCCCCCUACACCGGACAGGCAUUCCCCCCACUAAAAAAUGAUCUCUUAUUACGAGCUGCUGCAGGAGAGAAAACAGAACGGGUACCAGUCUGGGCAAUGAGGCAAGCUGGGAGAUAUUUACCAGAAUUCCAUGAAGUCAGAAGCAAACAUGAUUUUUUUGAGGUCUGCCAAACACCAGAGUUGGCUUGUGAAAUAACUUUACAGCCAAUUAGAAGACUAGAUUUAGAUGCAGCUAUCAUCUUUUCUGAUAUCCUAGUUAUUCCACAAGCAGUAGGGAUGAAGGUUGAGAUGGUACCAGGCAAGGGACCAACAUUUGAUGACCCUCUGAAGACUCCUGACGAUAUGAAAAAUCUAAAAAAAGAUGUAAAUGUGUAUGAAACACUUAACUAUGUCUUUGAAGCUAUCACACUGACCAGACACAAGUUGGAAGGAAAAGUUCCUCUUAUAGGAUUUAGUGGUGCUCCUUGGACACUUAUGGCAUAUAUGAUAGAAGGAGGAGGCUCCAACACAUUCUCUAAAGCCAAAAAAUGGCUUUAUGUGCAUCCUGAGGAAAGUCAUCAGCUGCUACAACUUCUCACUGAUAUCAUAGUGCAAUAUUUAGUGGGGCAAGUGCAAGCUGGAGCACAGAUCCUACAGCUGUUUGAGUCACAUGCAGGGUGUCUUGGACCAGGAAACUUCUCCAAGUUUGCUCUACCUUGCAUCAAGCAGAUCUCAAAGAGAAUCAAGGAAGAAUUGUCAGUCCGAGGAAUCAAACCUGUUCCUAUGAUAAUAUUUGCCAAAGACGCCCAUUUUGCAUUGGAAGAAUUGGGUGAGAGUGGUUAUGAGGUGGUUGCCUUGGACUGGACAGUAAAACCAAAACAUGCUAGGAGACUUGCCCCAAACGUCACUUUGCAAGGAAAUCUAGACCCUUGUGCUCUGUAUGCCUCUGAGGAGGAAAUAUCCAAGAUGACCAAAGAAAUGCUCAAGAAUUUUGGCACCCAGAAAUACAUAGCAAACCUAGGGCAUGGAAUGUAUCCAGAUCACAACCCAGACCAUCUAGCAGCUUUCAUCAACUCUGUGCACAGACAUUCAGAGCAAAUGAAUCAGGGAUUAUGAUAGACGAACCUUCGAUUGAAUUAAAGAAAUACAUGAAGUCCAGGCAUUUAUUUGAUUUUUCUCUUUUCCUUUUUUUAUUUGGACAUUUUUAGAGGGUAUUUUUUUAAACCAAAUCUGUUCAGUGACUUAUUUGAAAAAAGAAUAAUUUUAAAUAUUAGAAUAAUGUCAUGUUAAUUAAGAAAACAUUAUAAAAAUGCUACUUCUAGUCUAGAGCUUAUAUCAUGAGGAUCUUUAUAUCUAGUAUAUUAUUGGCAAACAACUGCUGAUAGUCAACACAGUUGCUACAGUUAUAAACUUUUUAAAAUAUCUCCAUUGUAUGGGGUUGACAUUUAUGUGCAUCUAAUACACAAGUGCACAUCAUGACAGCUGAUGAAUUGUUAGGAAGUUUGGUUUAGCUUUCAUCCUUCUCUUAAGAAGCUGAAGCAUGUGUAGCUGAAAUAAAUUCUAGGUUACGGUAAAUUGUUAACAUAUUUAAACAACGGGUAAGGGUUCUUUUGUUAUCUUGUUUUUGGUUAUGGCAUUUUGAUCUUUAACUAUUUAGUCACCCAAACAGUGUUUUAAUGGAACGCAAACCAAGUUGUGCAGCCAAGUUAAGUCAAGUUAAAAUAUAACAUUUUAUAUGAUUGGAUUUAGGUAAAAGUAAGUUUAUCAGUUUUUUUUCAGUAAAUAUACAUUUAUUUAGUCAAAAAUUUAUGCUAUGCUAUAAAAAUGGCAUUGCCCUGCUAGAACAGGUAAAUCUUAACAUUAUUUUGCACUCAUCCACAAACAAGCAUUUAUACUGCAUAAUGAAAAUAAAAAGGUGUAACAAG